AUGGUGUGCCCGGCAGACAGCCCGAACUCCCGCUGUACCAUGGGAUGUGAAGCUCCGUCUUCACGGCGCAGGCGCGAGGCGCCAGCAGGGAUGCAGCAGCGCGCAGCCGUGGUGCAGGGGCCCAUCGCUCUCGUUCCCGAGGAGACAACAAUAGCGCCACCUGAAUGCCCAGGAGAAUGUCACGAGCACGCUGUGUGUAACAUUGCAACGAAGACCUGCGUGUGCGAAGACGGCUGGGUUGGAAAUGGUGUCCACUGUGAAGAGAAACAGUUGGACUGGUGCAGCAUCAUAACCUGUGACGUCACUGCCCACCGGCGCUGUAGAAACACCCCAGGAAGCUACGCGUGCGAGUGUCAGCCUGGAUUCACGGAAUUUAACGGAAGAUGCCAAGUGAGCCAAACAUAUCAAUGUUCCAUCCGUCUGCGAGCUCUGCAGUUCACACCGGACCUAGAGGACACACAGACUGCAGCGUACAUGGCCUUGGUUACCAAAGUCACUCAGACGGUUGAGGAGACCUUUCUCCAGACGGACAUGUCUAGUGUGUACCUGGGGAUCUCCAUCCUGGGGUUCAGACGUGGCAGUGUGGUGGUCGACAUGAGGCUUCACAUCCGGGAAUCUGAGGGGACAGAUCUAGAUCCAGGCCGGAUGACUGCGGCAUUCCGUGAUGCUGUGGUGAGGCAGAACGGGACAGAUCUGGACAUAGACGCUUCUUCAGGAGAGAUGACAGAUUUUGACGAGUGCGCGGAUCCAGAUGACCAUGACUGUCCGAUAGAGGCCGUCUGUGUGAACACAGUCGGGUCUUUCACCUGUCGGUGUGGGGAGGGGUACAAGGAUGAGUCAGCGGACAGCCCCGGGAGGAGCUGUAUCCCGACCGGAGGCGAAUUCCCGAUGGUCUGGGUCGCUGCUGGAAGUGGGGUGGCGAUGGCUUGUAUUGUUGGCGCCAUAGUAAUGUACAUGUGUGUCCGCAAGCGCCAGAAACAGGGGCAAAAAAGUGAUAGUGCGGGAGCGUACGCGUUUGACAACGUCGCUUACACCACAGCAGGAGAGCAGAGUAACUAUGGCAACUCUUCUCUACCCAUGAUCCCUAUCAACUCACUGUCAUAUACCGAUUGAGAUCUUA